CGAGAACCUGCGCCAGGGCUACUCCGACCUCGAGGACCAAGCCCGCACCAUGCUGCCCGCCCAGAGCUCCGCCAGGGCCCGCCGGAAGCCCGCCGUCGGCCAGGACCACGUCAAGCACCGCAGGACUCGCAGCGGUUGCUACACCUGCAGAAACCGCCGCGUCAAGUGCGAUGAGACUCACCCCAUCUGUGAGAGAUGCCGCAAAGGCAACAGAGAAUGUGUCUACCCGGAGCCCGUCCAGAACGCCAAAUCUCAUCGAGCCGCAAGCAGGACCAAGGGCUCCUCUCCCGGCAGCGCCUCGUCUGGAGACGAGGGCAGAGACCAUCUACCGCCAAUUCCCGACGAUGACGAGGAGACGCCAGGAUCCAGCCAUCGCGCAAGCGUAUCCAAUUCGAGCCACACCGGCCGAGAGCAGUCGAACACGCCGUCGCUUACCCACGACAAGAGCCCCUCGCCUUCGACGGAGAGUUCGAGCGUCAUCGCCCACGCCCACCCGCGGCCUGUACCAUCCCGGACGUCGAGCAGGCAGAACCUCCGCCGCUCGCCCAUGGACAGGACCUGGAACGAGCUCAAGCCCGAUGUGCGCUAUUAUCUCGAAUGGUUCCGCGAUAACAUCACCUGCCAUCACUACGCUUUGAAGUACGAUGGCGCAGACUUUAUGCGCACGACCCUACUAGACAUUGCCGUGCACAAUGACCCAUUGCUCUACGCCGUUGUAGGAUUUGCCGCCUACCACCAUACGGUGCAAAGGCCAGAUGGCCGCCUUCAAGACUUUCUCGGAUACUACAACCAGUCCGUUAACCUGCUUCGAGUUUCUCUGCAGCGCGGGCAAAGACGCAGUCCAGCCACCCUUCUCACUAUCCUACAGCUGGCUACGAUCGAGGAGUACCUAGGAGAUUGGGUCAAUUUAAUAGGCCAUCAAAAAGCCGCAUUCGAGAUCAUCACCAGUCUUUACACCCCGCAAACCGUCAUGCAGAAUGAGACUUCGCGCCGGAUCUUGCUGUGGUAUGUCCGCUUCGACCUUUUCGGAGGCUUCCUAGGCGGCAAUGAGACCGCCCUCGCACGAGACUGGUUCGUUGCCUGCGCUCAGUAUUACGUCCAGCAAACUCGCGACAGACCAGAAGACCUCAACAGCAAGUUCGAGGAAAGACUAUGCCAAUGCCGGUUGUUUGCGAGGGACGUAUCAGCACUCUUCUCCAGGACGACAAAGGGUCUUCUUGACUCGGAAGCGUUUGCAGCGGAAAGUGCCGCCAUAGAGCAAAGAUUGGCGGAAUGGUACGACGAACUCGAUCCCGCUUUGAUGGACGAGUCAAAACACAUCACGGAUUUUUCCGGUGCGCCACCUCGAGACCCGGAAGACAUUGUGGAUCCUUACGACCCCAACUCCAUGUAUGGCGGCGACCUUUUCCCAAUGAACAUUUGCCUCAUCGACUACUGGGCCAUCGUUCUCAUGUUCAAGCUGCAACUUGCGAUGAUCCGAAGAACGACGCCGUCGCCGGACACGGUUACAAUAGCAUUUAAGGUCUGCCAGAUGUUCGAGGGGCUCGAACUGUGCCCGCAGAGCCCUCCUGGCAUUCUGAUUGAGGCCCAAGCAAGCUUGGGGAUGGGCAUUAUGUUUUUACCCAAGGAUCAGAAGCAUAUCAUGUGGGGCCGGCGCAAGUUUGCCAAGGUGGAGUCAUUAGGAUUUAUUCACCCGCAAGCUCUCCGAACACGCAUGUCUGAAACCUGGAAUGCGGACGUCUCACGUUGGUGGCUACCCGAAGACGAAGGCUACCCGCCAAUCAUAAAAUCUAUCCGCGGAUUUAUCGAGGAUCGCACUGUCAACCCCAGCGACCAGGAAAAGCAGGAUUUGAGAGACAUGAAGGGUUUGUUCAAUGAACUCAGUCUGGGUGAGGACAAAUUCAGCCACACCCAUGUCGAGAAUGCCGAUAGUUUCGAUCCGUCGAGCGAAAGCUUUAGCAUGGACAUCCAAGCUUUUGAUGAAGCCAUGAUCUACCAGGAGAGCCCAGAGUUUGGGUGGAACUACGACAGUCAUAACUCUGAAGCGUAAGAGUAUUUCGACUGGUACUCAUUCAUGGCAAGCCCUACAUUGCCUGUCAUCGGACUGUUCGGACGUCCGAAGUCCGUGGACCGGACCACUGAUCUACCUUCCCUUUUUGGCCUAGGCUAAAGCACAGCCACCUAUUAGGAAUAUUCAUCUGGACUGAGCUGCAUACAAUGAUCUCCUGCCGCCCGUGCCGCAUUGCUUAGAUCCUUGCUUCUAGUGGAUAAUCUUUCUUUUUGUUUUGCAUGUGAUGGGGCGUUCUGGCAUGGAAUCUAGCCGUCGAUGGACUUCGACACGGCUCAUAGAAAAGUUUCUUUCCGGCUGUAUUGGGAAAACGGAUAGGCAGGUCUUCUUGUUUAGGGAAAAGGGUCGGCAAUAGGGCCAUGGACUGGAGUAACGGUGUCAUCCCAGGGUAUUGUGCUAUCUUGGCAUUCAAGCCAUUGUAUUACUAGCUGUAUUAUGUACCAAUAAUCCGCCACCGC